AGGCACAUGAUUUGCAUAAAAAUGUAAACAAAUAAUAUACAACUUGAACUUGAUGCGGUAAAACAGUCGAUCUAUAAUGCAAAUCGAUGAGUACAACCUCUAGAAUUUAAAAAAUGGCUGCAUUCUUACCCGAUACCGACAGUGAAGAUGAAUUACCACCAGGAUGGGAAGAGCGUGCUACUUUAGAUGGAAAAGUGUAUUAUGCCAAUCAUCUUUCGAAAAGCACACAGUGGUCUCACCCAAGGACUGGAAAAAAGAAAAAGGUUUCUGGAGAACUGCCACAUGGCUGGGAGAAAAAAGUGGGAGAUGAUGGCCUUAUAUUUUAUGUUGAUCAUAUAAACAAAAAGACAACUUAUACAGAUCCCAGACUUGCAUUUGCAGUAGAAGAAAAAGAUUCACCCAGUGAUAUAAGACAAAGAUUUGAUGCAAGCACAAUGGCAUUGCAAAUAUUAUUUGGAAGAGAUCUUGGUGGGAAAAAAGCUAUAGUUACGGGAGCAAACUGCGGAAUAGGUUAUGAAACAGCCAGAGCUUUGGCAUACCAUGGCUGUGAAGUGUACUUUGCUUGUAGAGAUCAGGUUAAAGCAAAAGAAGCCAUUGACAGAAUAUGUAAAGAACGGCCUAAUUCUAACCUGCACUUUUUGCCACUGGAUUUGGCAAGUUUGGCAAGCGUAUCAGAAUGUUGUAGAAAGUUUGAGGAAGAGAAAAAACCUUUACAUAUGUUAAUUUUGAAUGCUGGUGUCUUUGCCCUUCCACAUUCUUUAACGGAGGAUGGUUUUGAAACUACAUUCCAAGUAAAUUAUUUAAGCCAUUUCUACAUGGUCAAGUUGCUGACGCCUAAACUUAUUGAAUCAGCACCUUGUAGAGUUGUAGUUCUCUCAUCAGAAAGUCACAGGUUUUCAACCAUUACCAAAGAUAAUAUUUCAGAAGAAUACCUAUCUCCCAGUACCAAUGCUAGAUUUGUGUCAAUGAUGGCAUAUAAUGAUAGUAAACUGUGCAAUCUCUUAUUUUCGAAUGAAUUGAAUCGUCGCUUGUCUGACAAAAAUGUUUUUUCAAAUGCUGUACAUCCUGGAAACUUAGUGAGUAGUUAUUUAUCAAGAAAUUGGUGGGUUUAUCGACUGCUAUUUGCACUGUUCAGGCCUUUUACCAAGUCUUUAGCUCAAGCAGCUGCUACGCCUGUAUAUUGUGCUGCUGCUCAUGAUCUUGAUGGCGUAGGAGGCAUGUACUUCAAUAACUGCUGUCGCUGCAAACCAUCCAGUGCUAGUGAUGACCCAGUCUUGGCCAAACGACUUUGGGAAAUUUCUGAGGCUAUGAUUGCUAGGGUGAUGGAAAAGAAAGAAGGUCCACCACUUCAAGAUCACAACUGAACAUUUUGAUUAUUUGAUACAAAGCAGGGAUGGAUUUCCACAUUUUCCUGUACUGGAACGCCAAUAGAAGUCUGGGUCAUGAUACAUUUGACAUAAAAGGGAAAUUUAUUGUUUCAGAAAAGCAGUACUGGAAUGGCGUUCCGGUACCAAAUCACCCUUGGCAUCAAGUGAACAUUUAUCGAGACUUAGUUUUUAAAAAGAAAGGAAGGAAAAUUGUUUCAAAAGAAUAAAAAAAAAUUCCAUCUUUUUAUGGAUAUAUGUAUAUAUUUUAUACCAAAAAAAAAAAAAAAAAAAUUGUUGAAUAUUCAUAUAUUGAAUAUAAUCAUCAAUAUUAUAUUGAUAAUAUUUCUCUAGUACUUUUAAAAAUACUUGAUACAUUCAUCACCAAAUUGUACCCCUCUGUGCAUAUUUGUACAUA